AUGACUCUUAGAGAUCAUAAUAUUCCUUCUAAUGGGGAUAUCAAUGAAACAUAUGUUCUUGUAGGUUGAAUAGAAGAGAAGAGUAGAAGCACCAAGCUGUACCAAUGGGGCGUGGAAAAGUAGAGCUGAAGAAGAUUGAGAAUCCAACAAACCGCCAAGUUACCUUCUCCAAGAGGCGGAUGGGGUUGUUCAAGAAGGCAAACGAGGUAGCCAUUCUUUGUGAUGCGCAAAUCGGAGUCAUCAUAUUCUCUGGCAGUGGCAGGAUGUACGAGUACUCCAGCCCUCCAUGGAGAAUAGCAAGCGUCUUUGACAGGUACCUGAAAGCCCCUAGCACCCGUUUUGAGGAGAUGGACAUCCAGCAGAAAAUCGUCCAGGAGAUGACUAGGAUGAAUGAUGAGAGGAACAGGCUGAGGAUGAUCAUGGCGCAGUACAUGGCGGAGGACCUGGCCUCGUUCUCCGUGCAGGAUCUGAGCAACCUUGAGCAGCAGAUCGAGUUCUCGUUGUACAAAGUUCGCCUCAGGAAGCAAGAGCUACUCGACCAGUAGCUGCUCGAGAUCCGCCAAAGGAUCAAGGAGCGGAUAAGCCUUCUUCCGAGAACUCUUUGAUGUAAUAAUCAAGGAGCGGAUAAGCCUUCUUCCGCCGCGGCCGAGAGUUCAAAGAGGAGAAAGGAGCCGGAGCAACAGCAACCCGUAGCGCCAUGGGCAAAGCUGCUCUCGCAGUGCUCACAGGUACGGUGAACUGAUGGCUACCUGCUAGCAGCCGAUUACUGGAUAAUCUUGGUGUAUAUGGUGUAUGAAUCGAAGUUAAGGUUGGCAAUUUUUAUGCUGGACACCAUAAAGAUUCAA